UCCGCACCCCACCUCACAUUCCGUGCUUCCGUGCUAGGAACUUUCCCACGCAAUCACAGUGAAUCGUUCCUAACAGAACUCGCGAUGCCUGAUUUACUCUUAUUGAAUAGCAAGGAGAGACAGUGAGAAGUCAACGUUGACAGAAAGGCCCAGGCUGUAGAGGAGUAGGCAGGCGAGGAAGGAGACAUUCCUACGAGGAAGGAGACCUUCCUACAAGCAAGAACCGACAGUAUGGACGGCCUUAGCCCAUGGAGUCGACAGCACGAAAGUUCAAGAUGCAUUUCUUCGAAACUCACCACCUUGCACCAACCCUUUCCCACCGCCCGCCCUCUCCUCUUCUUCCUCCUCCUAAUAUCCCUGGAGCCGCCGUGCUUCUCGCUCUCACACGCCCCUGCCACCGUUCGAUCGGACCUGCCACGUCACUCGCGUAGCCUCAUCAACGGAUCGCUCUCGCUUCCACGUGGGCCGCACUGGCGGCGGAGUUCGGAAUUUAUGGAGGGAAAUGACGGUGGCGAGAGAAUGGCCGAAAAGAUGGGAACAGAGUCGGGCGUUGUCCCCAUCCCUCUCUCGUUAGCCCGCGCUCUCUUGCAGGGCGGUUCGAAGCACAUUGAAAUCGCGGCUAGAAAUGGCGCAGCUAGGAAUCGCACACGAGGGUCGCAUAGGCGACAGGCGACAGCAAAGGCGAAGGCGAAUGCGACAGUUGCGAAAGCAGUGAAACCGUCACCGAGCAAGAAGCGGUCGACGAGGAGAUGGCGGGUGGGUUCGAGCGGAGACGAGACAGGCGGAGCUGCGGGAAGCGGCUCCACGGAAGAAGGGGCGGCAGCGGCAAGGGGAGGGGGGACGGGAGAGAAGCAGGAGAGUGCGGGCGCAGCAGGCAAGUGGGGCAAGGACGACGUUGCAACUGCUCGCCCCGUUUCGACUGGAAGAGCGGCCAAGCCCGCGCCCAAAAUACCCGCGACGAUUCCCGACCGCGGGAAGCUUCCCUCCGUGUCACCGAAGGUUCCGGUAGCUGGCAAGUCAAACGCGUCCGUGGCGAGCCCUUCGGGCAGCAAAGCUCCGAGCACGGGAAUGCCGUCUGCAGGGACGAAGGCGCCGUCGCACGGCGAAACCCCCACACAGGCCACACCAGGCUCACAAACCAAACCAGCCUCGCAGACGAAAACACGUCGACCAGCCAAAACGCCAUCACGAAGGGGGCCAGCACAAUCGCCCUCGCAAGCCAAACAGCCCUCCACCACACUACCCUCCCGGCCCAAGCCACCAACACAAGCCAAACCUUCGCCUGCACCUCAGACGACCAAGCCUCCCCCCCAAACCAAGCUGCCGAGCCAAUCCAAGCCUUCCACCAUUCCCAAGCCUCCAGUACAGAGCAAACCUCCUGCUCAGACCAAACCUCCUGCCCAGCCUACCCCUGCCAACCAGACGAAGCCGCCCAUUCAUUCCAAACCUCCUGCCGAAGCAAAACCUCCUGGCCAAGGCAAGCCGGGUGGUGCUCAGCCCAAGAUGCAGCUGUUCCACGUGUCAGGCUCCAAUUCGUUCUGUCUGGAUGGCAGCCCGCCAGCGUACUACUUCCGCCAAGGAUACGGCACGGGCUCCAACUCGUGGCUCGUCUACCUGCAUGGCGGCGGGUGGUGCAUCAACUUCAACGACUGUGCAUCCAGAGCCGACUCCUACCGCGGCUCCUCGCGCUUCUGGCCCUCGCCCUCCUCCCCCUCCAACCUCACUCGCCUGAUGGCAGGCUACCACAUGAGUUUCACGGGCAUUCUCAGCAAAAACCCUGCAGACAACCCCUUCUUCCACAACUGGAACAUGGCCGUCGUCAUGUAUUGCGACGGGGGCGCUUAUAUGGGGUACAGGGGGCGCAUGCAGCAGGGCUCCAAGCGGGUGUUCCUCUCGGGCCACCACAUUCUGAGGAACAUCCUCACAGAGCUGCAGCAGAAGAGGGGCAUGGGGGCGGCGGCAUCGGCGCUCAUUGCCGGGUGCUCAGCGGGCGGGCAGGCGGUGGCGGUGGGGUGUGACUGGAUGGCCUCGUUCCUGCCGCGCUCUGCUAAGGUCAAAUGCGCCACCGACGCCUCCUUCUUCCUCGACGAGGCAGACAUCACAGGGCAGUUCACCUUCCGAUCCUUCAUGCAGCGAAUGAUGGCCUCCCAUUGGUCCGAUAGAUCCCUCAAUUCUGACUGCCUCAGAGCCAACUCCGGUAAUGGGACAUGGAAGUGCAUCAUGCCCCGCACUGCACUGGAGUACAGUAAAACCCCUACCCUUGUCGUGAACAGUGCCUUUGAUUUGACCGCACUGUACAUGUCCCUGUCUCGUGGGAAGCUCCCCGGGGAUGCAGCUGCCCAAUCAGCAACAACGUGCCUAGGCUCAAAUGGUUUCUCCUCGUGCCCAGCAAGCGUGCUCAAAUUUAUCAGAACGCAUGGGGAGAUGAUCAGAAUAUCCAUUUCCUCUCUUCUACGGCUCAAAGCAGAUGGGCAUACGCCUUUUCGAGCAUGGGUAUCAAAUGGGACAAGUCAUUGCGCUUUAGCAUAUUCUAAUUGGUCGCAGGCGAACCCAGGUGGCUUGAUUCUGAGAGAUGCAGUGGCCACCUGGUUUGCUGAAAACUAGGUACUCCUUUCAUAUUUGUAAAGUAGUU